UGAUAAAGAGAGUAUAGCAGGUCAUCGGGGUGAACUUCGAAAUGGUGAUCAAAUUAUUAAAAUAAACAAUCAUCGUGUUACAAGUCGAGACGAAGCAAUUAAUCUUGUAAAUGGUGCUUGUCAUAUUCUUUUACAAAUUGUACAUUUUCAAGUUAAUUAUCUUCCAAUAAUUCAAUCAAUACCAUUAACUGAAGAUGAUAAUGGUGUUGUUAUUGUCUAUCAAUUUCAAUAUCGUCGUUGUUUAUCAUUAAAUGAUUUAAGAUCAUCUAUAAAACAUGAAGAAAAACAAAUUCAAUGUAAAAAACCUUUAAUUCGUUCUCAAAGUCUUUUGGAAAUAACAACAGAUAAUGAACAAAUUAUACUUAAACCAUUACUAUUUAAUAAUCAAUUACAACAAAAUUUAAUUGUUAAAAGUCGAAAUGAUAGUGAUCGUAGUCGAUCAAAAUCAAAUGAUUCAUAUCAUUCUCGUUACAAUAAUAAUCAUAAUCAAUGGACAUUAAAACAUUUUCGACGUCGUUGUCAUGAACAACGUUUAAAAGAACAAAAUGAAACAACAGAUGAUGAACCAAUGAGUGAAUUAAAACAAGAUAAAUAUUGGACACAACAACAACGUAAAGAACAUUUAGCUAAAGCAAAACAAUAUCGACAACGUGCAAAAUUUUUUCAACAACGUUCAAUAAUACCUUAUUCAGAUUCAGGAACAGAAGAUUUUAAUUUAUUAAAUCAAUCUUGGUAUUUAUCAUGGGCAUUAGAUACAAAUGAAGAAGAAAGAGGAAAAAGGAAAAAAGGAAAAACUGUUGAAGUUGGUCGAGCUUGGUUUGAAACAGAAAAAAAACAUUUUAUUAUUCUUGAUGNUCUUGAUGCACCUGGUCAUAAAUAUUUUGUUCCAAAUAUGAUUGGUGAUGCAGAACAAGCUGAUAUUGCUAUUCUUGUAAUUUCAGCUCGUAAAGGUGAAUUUGAAACAGGUUUUGAAUGUGGUGAUCAAACACGUGAACAUGCUAUGUUAGUUAAAACAGCUGGUGUUCGUUAUUUAGUUGUUCUUAUUAAUAAAAUGGAUGAUCCAACUGUCAAUUGGGAUCAAACAAGAUAUGAAGAAAUUCGUGAUAAACUUACACCUUAUCUCAAAAAAUGUCGUUUUAAACAUGGUGAAGAUACAGAAAUGGGUAAAAUUGAAUCUGGAUGUUGUCGUAUUGGUGAUCGAUGUUUAAUUAUGCCAAAUCGAACUCGUAUUGAAAUAAAAAAUAUUUAUUAUGAAGAUAUUG